AUGGAAGUUGCCGCUCUGCUGGCGCGCUACUUGAGGGUGCAGUCACCCGCCCGUGCGGACCUGGUCGCCGCCCAUCAAGAUCUCUUCACGCCGGACGUCGUGGAGGCGCUGGAGGGAGCCAGCAACGUGCUGUUGCAAACCCAGCGACAAGCGAAGGAUGCGUGUCGUUCCAUCAGCAGCGUGAUGGACGAUGUUGACCUCCCAAUGGCGACGCGUCUCACCGCUAAGGAGCUCCAUGACCUUGAUGUCACGGAGGAGACAAUGAUCACGCGGUUUUCGGAGACGUUAGCGGCGCUUCUCUCAGAGGGGGAGAUGCCACGAGUUGCCAUGCACGGUGCACCUCCAUCGGCGUGUGUGGACCGAAUGGAAUUUUAUAAGCCUUGGCAUCAGCAGUGCCCCAUUGUGAUGGAGAUUCUGUCGUUCCUUCCAGUGGAGUACAUUCUCAGCGUCGCGGAGGUGGUGUGCAGGUCGUGGCAGAUGUGGCUGUGUGUCCCCGACGUGUCGAGGGCGUUCUGGGCGGGGUGCGUGCAGCAGGAGUUCCCGGAGAUGCUGCGCACGUUGGUGGCGUCGGAAGGCCCCGACUUGUACGAGAGCGACUGGCGCACAAUUGCGCUGGUGUGCUGCACGCAAGACGACGACGACGACGAUGAGGAUGAGGAUGGCGCUUCUGGGGCGCCGGGGGCAGAGGCGGCGACGCAGUGA